UCUGCCCGGCUGUAUGCGAGCGGAGGAGGAGAAGAGGAAAGGGAUGCCGAAAAAAAUGAAACUCCUCAGCACUAUUUUUUCGCACCUUUUUCUGCAGGAGAAGAUGGAGACCAGCCCUACGACACCCUCUACGGAUUAAUACCUAUCUUCACCACUGAGUGAACUUGAGCGCGUUGCUGUCAUCGCGACAGAAACGGAGGUAAACGCGACACAUUUUUUAGGAGAAAAGCGACCAUAUUGAGGUCAGAGGAAAGCGUUGCCAAGGCGACCAGCUUGCUAGGGAGGAAACUGCGGCGCGCGUCACAUGCCGGGAACGAGCGUGCGUGCUUGCGAGGGUGCGCACGUGCGCGCGCGGGCGACGGCUAGCUCAGGCGGUCACGGCAUCCACACAGCAGCAGCAGCAGCAGCAGCAGCAGAGGCAGCAUCUUUUCACACAAGACUACCGGAAGACCAUGCAGUCCAUGCCCGCCGUUACCGAGACGAGCUAAAGCAAGCCGAGGCUCGCACCGCGACUUGAACCGGUGAACGGCGGUGUCAGAGGUCUCCUUGAGGGGAUUUAUUGAGGAUUUAUCGACGACGUCCCAGAAAAAAAACGCUCAAAAACACUGCUACCAUUGGUCAACACAGGUGACACUUUCCCGGCUGUCAAAUCUGCCGAGACACCGCAGACACGACUUAUUUGGGGGUUAUUUUUGUCGUAUUAAGGCCUCGAUAAAAACACAGACAUUCCUUCUGAGGCUAACCGGACUGUCAGCCGAGAAAUGAAUUAAAUAAACACAGCCUAUUGCCGUGCAGGAGAAGACGGGGAAGGAGCCGAGCCGAGCCUGCCUGCUCGGAUGGGGAAUCAUACUAGGCUAUGUCCUGCUGUAUGUGGUGUGUGAUGCAGUACAGCAGCUUUAUGUUUGCUCUUCAGUCUCCACUGUGAUUGUCUCCAGUUAUGAAGUCCCACCUGCCGGCCCGGUUGGAUUGAACGAGAUAGUGCUGUAGGGGGGGGGGGGGGGGCAUUUUUGAAGGUGGUGCAUUUUUAUUUUUUUAAUUUUUUUUUGUUUUGUUUUUCCAAGAAACAAGUACUUUUUUUGCUCGCUUGACGUUUACCGCUGCUGGAGGAAGGUUUAGUGAAGAGGAGAAGGAGAAAUCUCAGGGGGAAAAAACAUCAGUGGGAAUCUGGCAGCCCACCAGAACCCGGGGAUCACAAAUUAACAGAAUUCAGCGGCUGUAAGAAACGUCAAUCAAAUGAUCUGGAUGAUAGACCACUAGGGAUGGAACGCAACAGAACCAUGGCUGGGGAAGCGUUUCGGCUCCUUGUUGCUCAGAAUCAACACUGACCUGACAUCCCACACCGAGGGGCCCGGCCUCCUUUCUCCAGCACCCCAAGGACCUUUCUUUCCCCCAGCAACUGCUUUGCCUUCCAUCUCACCUUCGCUCUUGAUCAGACCCCCGUAAAAGCUCCUUUUAGUCUUUCAGGGUCUGCCUGCUUUUGUUUUUAAUCCCCCUCUUAUGCUUUACCUUCCAGAGUGUUGGUCAUAAUCCCUAUUCUCUCCAAAAAAGACUCAAGUGCUCCAAAACAGACUAGAAGCAGGUGGCUGAACAGUAUGAAUCCAGUCAUGUACCCCCUUCCACUUGCUCUGAGUAAACAAAGGCGGCGGAGUUUUUUGUCCAGGACGCGGCCCCUUAGUCUCAUGACAGACUGGUGCCUAAUGGGUGUGCUAGGCCUCAUCCUCCUCUUCAGCCUGGCCUCGAGCCAGAAGAUAGACCCUUCCAAACACCCCAUAGUCACCACCAACUACGGCAAGAUCCGAGGCAUCAAGAAGGACUUAAACAAUGAGAUCCUGGGCCCCGUGGAGCAGUACCUGGGCGUCCCCUACGCCACGGCACCCAUCGGCGACCGCCGCUUUCAGCCGCCCGAAGCCCCGGGAUCCUGGCAGGAGAUCCGCAACGCCACCCAGUUUGCCCCCGUGUGCCCUCAGAACGUCCACGGCGUGCUGCCGGAGAUUAUGCUGCCCGUGUGGUUCACAGACAACCUGGACGUGGCGGCGGGUUACAUCCAGAACCAGAGCGAGGACUGCCUCUACCUCAAUGUCUACGUGCCCACGGAGGAUGGUCCGCUCACAAAAAAACAUGAUGAAUCUUCAAUGAACAAGCCUCGAGACGAAGAUAUCCGUGACCGCAGGAAGAAGCCGGUGAUGCUGUUUAUUCACGGAGGCUCCUACAUGGAGGGCACCGGAAACAUGUUUGAUGCCAGCGUCCUGGCCGCCUACGGCAACGUCAUCGUGGUGACCAUGAACUACCGGCUCGGUGUGCUCGGCUUCCUCAGCACCGGUGAUCAGUCGGCUAAAGGGAACUACGGCCUGCUGGACCAGAUUCAGGCCCUGCGUUGGCUCAACGAGAACAUCGGCCACUUCGGCGGAGACCCAGAGAGGAUCACCAUCUUCGGCUCAGGAGCUGGGGCGUCCUGCGUCAACCUCCUCAUCCUCUCGCACCACUCGGAGGGUCUGUUCCACAGGGCCAUAGCCCAGAGUGGAACUGCCAUCUCCAGCUGGUCUGUCAACUACCAGCCCCUCAAGUACACCAAGAUCCUGGCCCGGAAGGUGGGCUGCACCUACACGGAGACGGCCGACCUGGUCGACUGCCUGAGGCGCAAGAACUUCCGGGAGCUGGUGGACCAGGACAUUCAGCCAGCGCGCUACCACAUCGCCUUUGGCCCCGUGGUGGACGGAGACGUGGUGCCUGACGAUCCGGAGAUCCUCAUGCAGCAGGGGGAGUUCCUGAACUAUGACAUCCUUAUAGGAGUGAACCAAGGAGAGGGGCUGAAGUUUGUGGACGACAGCGAGGACAACGACGGCAUCUCAGCCGCAGCGUUCGACUACACCAUCUCCAACUUUGUGGACAACCUCUAUGGCUACCCUGAGGGCAAAGACAUCCUGAGGGAGACCAUUAAAUUCAUGUACACAGACUGGGCAGACAGGGACAAUGGCGACAUGCGGAGGAAGACCCUCUUAGCUCUGUUUACAGACCACCAGUGGGUGGCGCCGGCCGUGGCCACCGCCAAACUCCACGCCGAGUUUCAGUCCCCGGUUUACUUUUACACGUUCUACCACCACUGCCAGACCGAGACGCGGCCAGAGUGGGCCGACGCCGCCCACGGAGAUGAGAUACCGUACGUGUUUGGCGUGCCCAUGAUCGGCGCGACCGAUCUGUUCCCGUGCAACUUCUCCAAGAAUGACGUGAUGUUGAGUGCCGUGGUCAUGACUUACUGGACCAACUUCGCAAAGACUGGGGACCCUAACCUGCCGGUCCCUCAGGACACCAAGUUCAUUCACACCAAGCCCAACCGCUUUGAAGAGGUCAUCUGGACCAAGUUCAACUCCAAGGACAAGCAGUACCUCCACAUUGGCUUGAAGCCUCGCGUUAGAGACAACUACAGGGCCAACAAGGUGGCCUUCUGGCUGGAAUUAGUCCCCCACCUCCAUAGUCUACACGAGGACCUGUUCCCCACUACUACCCGCUCGCCGCCAGGCCCUGGCCCAGGCACCCACAGACCCUGGCCCAGGACACCGGGCCCCCGCACCACCCGUCACCCUUACCCCACCUUCCCCUCUGAUCCGGAGGCUGAGGGUUCGGAGCGUCCUCACCAGGACCUUUUCCCCGGGGACACCCGGGACUACUCCACCGAGCUGAGUGUGACGGUCGCUGUGGGGGCGUCGCUCCUCUUCCUCAACAUCCUGGCCUUCGCCGCCCUUUACUACAAGCGCGACAAGCGGCACGAGAUGCGCCGCCACCGGCUGUCUCCGCAGCGUGGCGGGCCCGCCAACGACCUGGCCCACAGCCAGGAGGAGGAGAUCAUGUCCCUGCAGAUGAAGCACUCGGAGCACGACGCUCACCACGACAUGGAGCCGCUCCGGCCCCACGACAUCCUGCGGCCCGCAUGCCCGCCGGACUACACGCUGGCGCUGCGCCGCGCACCCGACGACGUGCCGCUGAUGACCCCCAACACCAUCACCAUGAUCCCCAGUACCAUCACCAGCAUGCAGCCUCUUCACGCCUUCAACACCUUCCCCUCAACCGGUCACAACAACACGCUGCCCCAUCCCCACUCCACCACCAGGGUAUAGUAGGGAGUGACUGGCCUAGGGAGCAGGAAGAACGGAGGCCUCUGGAUGGGGGCCUCUGUUCCAUUCUCUUACUCUCUUGUUUCUCCAAAAAACAACCCCAUUUCCUACCUUCAUGUGCUGUCGAACUUAGCAGCUCCACCGGUGGUGUGUGGAGAAGCAACUGAACUGCACGGCAGCAGAUGAUUAGUUUUGGAGGGGGAUUUAGAUCUUUCAAAGAUACUGUUUUCAAAGGUCUGCUGUUUCCAGACUCGAGCUCCCUGACAUUUGUCAAAAGGACAAAUGCUUUUCGCCCCCUUGCAGUUUUCCCUUUCAUGUUGUAUUUACUUUGGCUUUGGCUUUUUUUUCUCUCCCUGGUGUGUUAUGUGCAAAUACCGUUCUCCUUUCUACGUCUGUGUCUUAUUCCUGCUUUGUUUCUCUCAUUCGAAAUGUGUUUCUCUCCCUCUCCCUAGCACUCCUUUGCUCUAAGGACUAACAACUAAUGAGAUCUAGGAGGGGGCAUAGAAUACAUACACUAAUCAUAUAGCUAUGAAAACAUUAAUAUCUGGUACUUUCAUUCUACCAGCAUUCUUGGUGCCAAGUAUGUACUACUGUGUUUGCUUUCUCAUCGAGGGAGAAAAAAAACUAAAGAAAAUUCUAGAGUAUUCCUAUUUACUGUCAAUUAACAGAUGCUGUGUGUUCUCAUGACAAAGUGCCAAACUGGCCCUCGAUUGUGUUUAGUUUUUUUUUUUUCCAUGUUCGGUUUCUUUUUUUCAAGCAUUUGUUUAAUAGUUGUUUUUUGUGGAAAGAUUUUUUUGCUGAAAAUAUAGAUAUAGAGAAAUGAUAUUAUACAUAGUUAUAUAUAAAUGUGUACAAAGGAGAAAGUAUAUAAAUGGGUUUUCUCAGCGGGGAUCUAUGCAUGAAUUAUUUUUAAAGAUGAUGACACGGGGGGAAAGGACACUGUAUUUGUCAAUGCACGUUUCCCAAAUCUAAUCAAAUCAUAUCGGUCCACUCUGGAUAGUUUGUUUAAUCUCGCAGAACAAGAACGUCACAGAAAAUCCUGUAGAAACCCAACCCAAGGGUCAUUGCCACAUAUCUCAGAAGAUGUUGAACAACUGUGAACAUACUUCAUUCUCUUCUACAGAACAUGAUGUUAUUCAGAGGUUUUUCUCCAACCAGGUGAUACAGCGAGCCCAUCAUCCUACAGUAGCUACUUUUUCUUCCCAUCUGUAUGGAGAUGAUGCUUUUUUUUUAAGGUACGUGAGGUACCAUGUCUGUUGUUGUAGCUUGCCUGUACAGAAUUAUUUUUGUAUUUCAGUAAGGGUGAGAAACAAAGCAGAGACGGGGAGCCUUUGCUCUUUUAUGUAUACCUUCCUUGUCCUGUCUGCACCCCUAUUUCCAGCACAUGCAUAUUCUGUGUGUGUGUGUGUGUGUGUGUGUGUGUGUGUGUGUGUGUGUGUGUGUGUGUGUGUGUGUGUGUGUGUGUGUGUGUGCCCUAAUUAGACAGCAAAGAGAUAGAGAGGCAGACAGGCUGGAUCGCUCCCAUGGUAAAAAAACAAACAAACAACAACUUUGACUCCAAAAUGAGCUCCCUCCUGCUGCGUACCCAACCCCUCCCCCCUCCGUAUCAACAUCACUUGCUCCCUCUGUCAGUACACUAGCUUUGUAUUCCAAACUGAUGUCCAUAUUGCGGCGAUCACCCGUGAUCAACUCCCCGCUGUGAACCACAGAACUCCAAAACACCUGACUUCACUGUGUCAGCCGCGUUCUACACAAUAUCUGACCUCAGUUCAGCUCUGCUACUAUCCUCACAUUCAGAGGGGUUAGUUCAAGAAGAUAGUGACUUUUUUCUUGUGAGCUCGUCAGUUGUAAAUGUAACUCUAAGCACACCGAGGGUAAGUGGCGGGCCUCCGCGGCCUGCUGCGCAGAGCUGCAAGAUUUGAAAAAAAAAAAAAGGGGGGACUCAGAUCUCCUAAACAGGGUAAAAAGCAACAGAGUUGACAACUGCUGUUUUCUGAUUCUGCUCUUUUCUUUUGGGUGAAAAUGUGCAGACCUCCCCCUUCAAUUCUCUGCUACGGAUCUCAAACAUGGAUUAUGGGUAUUACUCUGGUCGAUACAGUAUGUGAACUGAACUGAUGUGCUGCUGUGUGAGCACCCCAGGAACACAUGGCAGCCUACAUCCACUAUGGGAGAAGUUAGUCACCGGUGCUGUCUUUGCUUGUGCUUUAGCUUUAGCCUGUUUGUUUGUUUGUUUGUUUUCUAUUUUAUAACUGCCUAACGGGGUGGCGGGGGAUAGGGCUGGAGGGGGACAGAUGUACCUGGCUGCUCCUGUCAGAGAUUUUCUAAGCCCCACUGAAAAGGGAAACGUGCACAAUGUAAAACACAAAACAACUGACUUGGGGGUGCUACAGGUGGAUACAUGCUGUGGAACAGAUGAUGGACAGCGAAAGGAAAAGGUGCACGCUAUAUAGAAGGAGACUUUGGGAGGAGAUUGGAAAAAGACUCACAGCCUUAAAUGUAGGAAUCCAAAUCAAAAGAGGAUGAAGUGAUCAAUUGCAAAGACGUUCAAAGACAUGGCCAUCUUUCUACCCACAAAGUUUGCCAGGAGGAUACCUUGCUAAUCUGUCCUACGGAGGCUCCUAUAUGUCUGAUCAGAGAUAUAUAUAUAUAUAUAUAUAAACCAUUUUGUACUCACUCCAGUGGAUAAGGAGGCGGUGAGGGGCCGUGAGGUAAACCUCACCACAACACCGCUACAAUGACACCAUCGGAGGUGAAAACAGAAACAAGGUAUUUAGUUUGGUCUGCUCUGUUUCCCUGUCUAUUUUAUAAGCUAACACUGGAGGGCGCCAUUGUGACAGAUUGACUGCAGUGUGUCCGCUCUGAGGACACUGCUGGAUGUGUGAGGAAAAAUACCAAACCAGGUGGCAAGGACAGAGACGGACACACGACAUCUGGAAGAGGAUCAAAACUGUACAUUUUUAAGUGUAAGAAUCAAACAGACAAAAUAUUUGUAAAUAUUAAGUUUCUUGUUUGUUUUUUCUUUUCAUUUUUCUUUCCGAGUGAAUGAAUGAAAUGCUUAUUUUGUGACAACAAAAGACAACAGGUGCAAUUUGCACACAAAAAAGGCCAAUAAUUUGAGGUUUCAGAAACAUUGGUGGGUACAAAGUGCUUGCCACGGAUCACUUUUCAUGCCAUUAGAAAAUGACUGUGAAUGUUGUCUCAUGUUGCCCACUAUAAUGUGGGCAUCCUGUAGCAUCACGAUUCCUAACCAGGACACUCACUGUAGCAGAAAUUCAUCUCCACCGCAGCCCCCACACGACAGAGGGCCUGUCGUUUGCUAGUUUCCAGUGAAUAUUACAUUUUCAAAUUUGAAAAGUAUAAUUUAAGUCUGUAGUUUCAUUGCUCAUCGUUCUUUAUUUUGAAAUACAUCUUAUGAUCUAACGGCAUUUCUGAAGAAUCAGUGCAGCGUGAUCCAUGUAAGUAUUUAUGGCAACCUCAGAGCGCUGGUAAAAGCCAGCUUUGGCCAGCUAACUAAUGUCAUGGCAGUGUAGGGAACUGGCCUGUGACUCAUUGUCAGGACUUCUAAACUGAGACACUAAACGCAAGGUGCAGUCAAUUCAGCUUCAGCUCACUUCACAUGUAGCAGUGUUUACAUGUAGCCACUUAAUCACACACGUGGGACAGACCUGAGGGCUUUGAUACCAUAAGAUGCCUCGUAGAAUAAGGAGAUCACACAGGUGGUCUGCCCUUUUCUUUCCACACGCACUGUGUUGCAUUGUGGGUACGGAGGCUGUGUUGACCUGACAGUGAUGUGAUGUAGCAGGGACGCGUUUCUAAACAGUUUAGAGAUGGAUGAAAUGUUAAGUCAAUCUGAAAAGAUCCAGUGCACUUUCAGAGCAUUUGUGUUUAACAGUGGAUCAGACUGGAGGUACGUGGACACACACUUGGCCUCGUCUGGGUUAUAAAGUGACUCGCUGCAGCCCUGUGGUUCACACAGUUGGGGCUAGAUUUCGGUUUUAUUCUCAUUUCAAUAUGCCCGAAAACUGCAGUCAGCCAAGCAGACCAAAAUGACUUGAUAUCACUGAGGUUAUUUGAUUCUGUGUCGGGUCUGUGGUGCAUGUAAGCACAUGGUUAACACCCCAGUCACUCCCAUAAAUCUCCGGCUUGGUCUCCAUUGCGAAGUUGCACCUGUUGUCUUGUUUUAACAUUCUUUGUUGAAUUCAGAAACCCAAGACUUGAGAUGAAGAAAAAUGUUAAAUAAUGGAGUUUUAAAAAAAGAUGAUUAUUAAAAAAAAAAAAAAAAAAGUAUAGUAAAACUAUAUAAAUAAAUGAGGUGAUGAUAUUUCUGUUUACUUUAGAAGUUAUUAUACACUGUAUGCUGUGAUUCUGAUCUGGGAAACAUUAAAGACAUUCAUAGCCA